CGGCUCGCGGGUCCCAGGAGUAGACUACCAUUCCCGUGGUGCUCUGCGCCCAGCCAGCCGGCAGUAAUCUGAGCACACAGCCCCCUGGGAAUAGUAGUUUCGACCGCCUGGUUUUGAGUCUGAACCGGGUGGCCAAGAACUCGCCUUCCCGGCAGCCCGUUUGGCAGGGCGGGGCGCCUCACGAAGAUGGUGGCACGGGCGGCGUGUGGCUCCCGUCGCCUGGCCAAGUCUCAGCGGAGCACACCGACCGGCGUCUCGCUGGUCUGGAGUCCCCACCCUCCGGGUCCCUGACCCCAUGCCUCCCGCGCCUGGCUCUCGGCAUGCCACGCGCCCGUAAGGGCAACGCGCCCCGGAAGGGCGGCCAGCGCCGUAGAGGAGGUGCCCGGAGCAGUGCUCAAGCUGACUCAGGUUCCAGUGAGGAUGAGGCAGCCAGUGAAGCCCGCAGCAACACCAGUGAAUGUCCCAGCCUUCUCAGUACCACUGCAGAGGAUAGCCUUGGGGGGGAUGUCGUGGAUGAGCAGGGCCAGCAGGAAGACCUUGAGGAAAAGCUGAAGGAGUAUGUGGACUGCCUCACAGAUAAGAGUGCCAAGACCCGGCAAGGUGCUCUGGAGAGCCUGCGCCUGGCCCUGGCAUCCCGCUUACUUCCUGAUUUCUUGCUGGAGCGACGCCUCACACUGGCCGAUGCCCUAGAAAAGUGCCUCAAGAAAGGGAAAGGUGAGGAACAGGCCCUGGCUGCUGCUGUGUUAGGCCUGCUCUGCGUGCAGCUAGGCCCCGGACUCAAGGGCGAGGAGCUGUUCCACAGCCUGCAGCCCCUGCUGGUCUCUGUGCUGAGUGACAGCACAGCUAGCCCUGCUGCCCGGAUCCAUUGCGCUUCUGCUCUUGGCUUGGGCUGCUAUGUGGCUGGUGCUGACGUCCAGGACCUGAUCUCUUGCCUUGCCUGCUUAGAAAGUGUUUUCAGCCGGUCCUGUGGUGUGGGUGGCUCCACAGUACCUGUGGUCCCUGCCAACCUGCAUGGCCUGCUCUGUGCUGCCCUGCAGGCCUGGGCAUUACUGCUCACCAUCUGCCCCAGCACCCACAUCAGCCACAUCCUCAACAGGCAGAUGCCCCGGCUGCCCCAGCUCUUGUCCAGUGACAGUGUGAACCUGCGGAUCGCUGCUGGUGAAACCAUCGCGCUGCUCUUUGAGCUUGCCCGGGGCCUCGAGGAAGACUUUGUGUACGAGGAUGUGGAGGCUCUCUGCGGUGUCCUGCGCACUCUGGCCACUGAUAGCAACAAGUACCGUGCCAAGGUCGACCGCAGGCGCCAGCGCUCUACUUUCCGUGCUGUGCUGCACUUCGUGGAGGGUGGUGAAUGUGAGGAAGAGACAGUCCGCUUUGGGCUUGAGGUGCUCUACCUGGACAGCUGGGCUCGGCAACGGGUCUACACCGCCUUCAAGGAAGUGCUGGGUUCCGGCAUGCAUCACCACCUCCAGAACAAUGAGCUACUUCGUGACAUCUUUGGCCUGGGCCCUGUGCUGGUGCUGGAUGCCACUGCCCUGAAAGCCUGCAAGAUUUCACGCUUUGAGAAGCACCUGUACAAUGCUGCUGCCUUCAAAGCCCGGACCAAGGCUCGAAGCCGGGUGCGGGACAAGCGGGCAGAUAUCCUGUGAAGCAGGACCAGCCAGAGAGAAGACUGUCCCUUGGCCCAUGUUUUUAACAGACGACAGUGCAACAGCUGGUUUCUACCAGUAAUUGUCACUUUAUUUUUUUAAUGCCAAAACCAAAAACAGAUAUGGGAUGGGUGGCUGAGGGCCAGGACACUUGGGACUCUGGCCCUUUUGUCCCUGCACUCAGCCCUGUGCCUCUUUCUGCUUUGUCUCAGGCCAGGCCAAAUGUAUGCCUGACUCAGGGCUCUGGGACAGGCAGCAGGGGGGGCUGUCCCUUUUCUUUCUCAGGCCUUGCUCCCUUGGGAUGACCCACUUCCUAGACAGAUGCUACCACAGCAGGAGGGGAGGUAAAGCUGCCUGGAAUGAAUUUGUGUGUUUAUUUUUAAAGAUUAUUAGAGAUAAUUAAACAAUGCUCAGCCUUCUGUGGUC